ACGCUACGCUUUAUAAUACUGACAGCAAACGGUGAAAACGCAUUCAUUUCGUUUUGGUGAAAUUUCCAUCGAAAACAACAGUGUUCUCUCUUCGCUUGGAAACAAAUUUAGGGUUUCAAAGUUUGUUCAUCAGCUCGACACGAUGUCCGGAAGACGGGUACCGGCCAACGAGGAUCUCUCGAACGUGGAGUUCGAAACGAGCGAGGAUGUCGAGGUGCUGCCAACUUUCAAUUCUAUGGGCCUCCGCGAGGAGUUGCUGAGAGGUGUUUAUGCUUACGGUUUCGAGAAGCCGUCAGCUAUCCAACAGCGAAGUAUUUUACCGAUAGUGAAAGGACGUGAUGUUAUCGCGCAGGCACAAUCCGGAACGGGUAAAACGGCUACCUUCUCGAUUUCCAUCCUGCAGUCGAUGGAUACAACUCUCCGCGAAACCCAGGUUCUCUGUUUGUCGCCAACGCGUGAGCUGGCCGUUCAGAUCCAGAAAGUUAUUCUUGCGCUGGGAGAUUUUAUGAACGUUCAGUGUCACGCCUGCAUUGGUGGAACCAAUCUGGGAGAGGACAUUCGCAAACUGGAUUACGGUCAACAUGUGGUCAGUGGAACGCCCGGACGAGUGUUCGAUAUGAUCAAACGACGCGUGCUGAGAACGCGUUCGAUUAAGAUGUUGGUGCUGGACGAAGCCGACGAGAUGUUGAACAAGGGCUUCAAGGAGCAGAUCUACGAUGUGUAUCGGUAUCUUCCGCCGGCAACGCAGGUGGUGCUGAUUUCCGCUACCCUUCCCCAUGAGAUACUCGAGAUGACAUCCAAGUUUAUGACUGAUCCAAUCCGUAUUUUGGUCAAACGUGAUGAGUUGACACUGGAAGGAAUCAAGCAGUUCUUCGUAGCAGUUGAGCGCGAGGAGUGGAAGUUCGAUACUCUGUGCGAUCUGUACGAUACACUGACCAUCACUCAGGCGGUCAUCUUCUGCAAUACCAAACGCAAGGUGGACUGGUUGACGGAAAAAAUGCGCGAAGCGAACUUCACCGUCAGUUCGAUGCACGGCGAUAUGCCCCAGAAAGAGCGUGAUGAAAUUAUGAAGGAGUUCCGCUCCGGUCAGAGUCGGGUACUGAUUACCACGGAUGUGUGGGCCCGAGGUAUCGAUGUGCAGCAGGUUUCGCUGGUAAUCAAUUACGAUCUCCCGAACAAUCGUGAGUUGUACAUUCAUCGUAUCGGUCGAUCGGGUCGUUUCGGGCGCAAGGGUGUGGCGAUUAACUUUGUCAAGAGCGACGAUAUUAGGAUUCUUCGAGAUAUUGAGCAGUACUAUUCGACCCAGAUCGACGAAAUGCCAAUGAAUGUGGCGGAUUUGAUUUAAAUGUUGAUGGAGGAGUUUUCCUUUUUUUGCGUAUUUAAAUUAUUAACGGCUAAGUAAACUGAAAAAAGCUAUAAGUAGGACGAGAAUGGAAAAAAAUCACGUAAGCUUGUACCUAGUAAGUGGUAUUUGCAAAGGAAUACUGUAGAAAAAUGCAACAUGUAAUAUUUCAAUGAAGUAAUAAAAGGUAUUUUUCAUUAAA